UCCUCUUCACCUCCGACCUCGACCAGUGGUGGAUUUACGCGACCUCCGCUGGUAGAAGUUGUAUCUUCUGAAGGAGAGUCGCGACCAGCACAAGAAUCUCCUGCAUCAAGAACAGUUUGCUCUCCCAGCGUCCAGGCUGUAUUCCACCAACCAUCUGGAGUGUCUGCCUCCUCUUCACCUGAGGUAGGUGCACAAACACUGCAGAAGGUUGCAGGUGGACAAAAGAGACAAGCUUCUACCACCACGACUUCCCCAACUUCAGAGGUAGGUCAUCCUUUUUCAUCAGCUUCUGCGAGACAGCUUUCGCAGCCAACGCAGCACGUUCCAGGUUCUCCGUUAAGGUACCAUCGAGAAUGUACUUCUCACGGACCCAUUGAAAUAUACCAGAAAAGCAUGCUAGAAGGCGAUAUAAAAGGUAAUCCUUCUGUUCGGAGAAUGUACAGUUGUGACGCGUUGAUGAAAUCGAACAGUCAAAGCGUACUCAGACAGGACUUCGCAGGAAUACAACUAGAACAAGGAGGUGCCAGAUUUCAAUCUUCACAGCCUGCAUCUGGGCAACAUUCCAUUCCACAGCCUGCAUCCCCAACGACACCACUCAUGCAAAGAUGUCUAGUUUCAUCUUCUACUAGUACUGCACCACUCGUACAACAAGAACAACAACGUCUAGUUUCAUCAUCUUCUACGUCUACUGCACCACUCGUACAACAACAGCGUCUAGUAGUUUCAUCUUCUGUCCUCCCUGGCGCGUUGGCUGUUCCUAUACCUGUUCCUUCGUGGCAGUACAGCCACAAUCCCUUGAUCAUGCAACACCAUAGUCUAGCUUCUACUUCUGCUUAUCUACAUCCUCCUCAAUCUCAAGCAGUGCUAGUUGCACCCCAAGCCCAACCGCAGGCACAUCAAACCUCUCCAGUCCACCUUGUCCAACCCCUGCAGCAGGUCGCGGAAAGAACCAGUCCAACUUCUAGUACACCAAUAUUGAUUAAGGCUAGGUGUCUAUCACUAUUUUUCCAUGGAUGUGGUUGAGUAUGCUGAGUGAAGUCCAGUCCCUUGACUUCUUCAAGGGAAAGAAACAAAGGGGGAAACUGACACAGCAGAGCAUCUCACUCAGUCCUCAAGGACUAUAGUGAGAAACUAGCGUUAAACUGAAAAUAGGAGCAGGACCUUAUACUUUUCACGCGGCUCAGAGUGCCUCCAGUCAACCCGUAGCACCUACAUCCAGAGUCGUUGGUCGAAGCUCUCCGCCACCUUCACCGUUUAUCGAAUACCGCAGUCUCUAAGCACUUCAGAAGUGGUCAUGAUUUCCAUUUAGAUUGUCACGACGGCGCGCACAGGUUCGUGCUGCGUUUUUUCUAUUCAAUUUCCACUGACUUCUAGGACUGCUUGUAGUUUCAUCUUUGACUUGUCGUGCUCGAAGAUCAAGAUAGAUAUGAACUUCCACCAAUUAUACUUAACUACUUCCUGUUCCUUGUAUUUUCAUCGUAGACUGACACUAAGUAAUGCUCGAAGAAGUAGAUCGAAAUCGAAGAUGUCGAUUCUGGUCCACGCGUUUCAAAUUGAUUGCACCUAACCUCCCACAUAAAUCCUGUAGAUGAACUACUAGGAGUGCUUCUUGUUCAGGAUCAGGGGUUCUUUUUCUUCGUGUAUUAAUAGCGUCAAACACUGUAAAGCGAAGAAGCUGACUGUGACUUUCUUUUUCUGUCAUGAUAAAACCUCCGUUAUCCGUGAAAAUUAGAGAAUAAGACAAAAAUAUAUAUCGAAGACCACUCAACAUUACUCCUAUCUGAGACAACUCAACGUAUUCGUAUCCAUGACAAGAAUCCACUAGUACAAGGAAGAACAAACUUGAGUGGUUCCGGUAUUUGGUAACCUGAAUUUGAUCAUAAGGGAAAACAAGAAGAGAACCCCUAGGAUCAAACUCAGGUUACCAAAUACCAGAACCAUACAAAACUGGGUAUUCCUAUUUUGAAGAUUCUUUGUAAUUGUAAACAUUGCUUGAUUUUUUGACCUUCUGAAUACUAGCAAGCAGCAAUCAUUGACGUAAAAUUGUAGCGAGAUUGUUCUCGAAAACACCACCAUGAUGUCCACGUCAGCUCUGGCAUGGUUUCGGUUGCCUUUGUUACGUGUUUUCAUUCAUCGCCCCGUCAAGUGAGACUCUUCGAGAAGUGUUCUGGGGAGGUCUGGUUGAUACCUGAAUAUUUUUUCGUGUCCCAAGUUUUGUUGUACACAAU